AAAAUGUCGGUGUAUCUUUGCCAAAAAACAAGCAAGUAGCUAUCGAGUUAUUAAAAUGUCCAUAAAAAUUGUUUUACAAAAAUAUAAAAAAAGAUCUGAUCUAGUAUUUAUUAUAAUUCGACAUUCGUUGAUAAAUAUUAAUUAUUGAAGUGUCAUCAUAUAUGUUAUCAUAACAGUCAUAGCUACCGGAUUUUUCGAAACCAAAAUCAUGGACUCACUAUCAUUAAUACACGAAGUUAAAUAACUCAACAACUACUUUUUCAAAUUUAGAUUUAGAUGCAUCAACAUUAUCAAAUAAUAUCCUACUUAACAAUCGGGGUAAAUCUAUAAUUAAAAAAAAAUAAUAAUAAAAUUUUACAUGGCCAUUAGACAAUCCUUAAAUUGUAUGAAAAAAACUUCAAGUAAAUGAAAAUAUAUUCUAUAAUUAAGUAUAGGUAUAUAUUUAAAUUUCCAAAAAUCGGAGUAUGGAUUAAUUCAUUAUCAGAGGUAAAAGGAGGAGGGUGAGUAAACGUGCUUGGUAAAUAACCCUGUAUAUAUUAUGAUGUAUAUCGACAUUGGUUUUAAUCACCACUGAUUCACACGGUUUUCAUUUAUAAUGUUAUGCGUACAGAACAUACUGUCUAGCGACUAAACUAUAUACUACAGUCGUGCGGAAGUCUAUUUCCUAUAUGCACAAUAAUUAUUAUUAUUUGGGUGUGUUGCCCAUGGAUACUCUACUUCACGCAUUGCACACACACGCGCACGCGCAUAUACUGGUAUACUUGUUUCAUUUUUACUAUGUAUAAAUGGAUGAAAUGUCAAUCAAACCGAACGUUUCCUGCAAAAUACUCAAUCCUGGAUAAUACAAUGGAGGUUGAUGAGACUGCCUGUCCAAAUGCAAACAAUUGUCUUGGAAUGUAUACAUGGAUAUAAGGUGGUUAGGUUUGGUGUACAUAAUAAUGUUAACUAGCUGCAAUUUACAGAGCGUUGAACAAGAAGAAGAUAAUUUAAUAGACUCCAUGCACAACUAUACAAAUUUGAAAAUAUUUUUGUGGUCCGGUUCCGGAGAUGGUUCGAAUGAACCGACACCAAAAUCGACUACCAAAAAAAUCCCGUCUUAUUCAGAAAAUCCCGAGGAUUGUAUAGGCGGGCAAGAUUGUAACAUUCAACCGACGACUUCUAUUACGCCACAUCUUGGGGUUAUUGACAUUCCACAAACUGCCGAAAUACCAAACAAAGAAUAUUGGAUAGUAACAGAAUUAAAUUUCGACUCGCCAACGGAUGUUCAUAUUUCCAUACCAAUCAUAAAAGAAAAAUUGGCCAUCCUUUACACGAUUGCUUUUACUAGACAACAGGCUCGGCAUCUCGGACUAAACUCGAAUUGGACCGGAGACGAAGUGAACUCAGAUCGAAAUCGAAGAUGGGAUACAAACGAAAAACCAAUUAAAGUCAAAGUAGACGUUCUAUCCGUAUUGAAUAAAUUGGAUUUGGUUUAUUUUGUUAGCGUAAAUGACCAUCCUGUGUCUGCUGCGACGGCAGUACGUGACAUGAGCCUUGUCACGACCCGGGAAGCUGCGGAUCAUUUGGGAUAUGCUGUAAAAAUUAAAGCCCGCCCUUACCUGGACGGAUUACAGUUUCAAAGAGUGCGUGGUAUAAGUUAUGGCGAGAUUUGGAUUUUCGUCACCGCAACAUGUAUAAUUGUGCUGGUAAUCGUAACUGGCGUAGUCGUUGCUCAUAAGAAAAAAAGAAGAAAAAAUAGCAUUAGCUCCGACAAGACUAAUAUGGCGUUCUGUGAAGAUCAAACGCCUCACCACGAUGUAAAAACAGAAGCUACGUCUACUGAAGAUAUCGGUGCUCUUCACACGCCCGAACCAAAGCCGAGAAAUAGAAAUAAAAUUUCAAAUUCAUUGCUUUCGAUGCAGGCAGUUAAUAAAUUUCAAAAAGACUCGAUACCUGGGCCGUUAACAGAUGUAUUGGAUGGAUUUAAAGUAAGUGAAAAUAAAAAUACACGUACUAUGUCAAGACACGAAAGUAUUAGUGGCCAAGAUCCUGGAGUGGUUGGACCUAUAGUUUGGGAUUUACACUGUAAACAAAUGAAAAUGAAAAGUAACGAACAAGAUGAUGAUUCGUGUUCGAGCUUUGACGCUUUCAACGCCAUGGACACUAACGUCACAAAAAUGCGUCAAAAAUUUCACGAAUUACUUGACGAUGCGUUCACGUUAUUCGGUAGUCGAAACUCGAGUUUGAACAGCGAUGAAAGUAACCCGUCAAUAAGUAAUCAUGAACAGAGAUCAAAAUCAGCUCCAUUUAGGUGUUCGGCCACGUCGAGCGGACGCCCGACCGGCCGGCCAAAGACGUCGGCGGACUCGAGCGGCCGGGCCGCGGACGACGACCAAUUCGCGGGACCGCCGGCGGCCGGGAGCCCGUGCUGGGCGCUGUCGCCGGGCGAGGCGUGGGCCGGUUCGGACCAGUCGGUGUUCGUGCCGCGGCCGCUGAGCGCCGGCCCGUUCCACCGGCCGGCCGUGCGCGCCGAGUUCAUCAGCUCGGACGCCAACCUGUCCCCCCAGGACCCCGCCGUGCCGCUCAUCGAGGCCAUACGAAAGGAACUGGACAGAUUCCCCUCGCCGCACGCCGACUCGUCCCGGUGACUCAUCAUGAUGUAUAUAGUUAUACACGCACUCAUAAUACGCGCGUUGCAGUGUUAUUCUGCGCCGAUCCAUUAUUAUUAUCGUCAUCGAUCGUCGCCCGUGCGAGCACGUACACUGUACAUUAAUGCUUACCUAUAUAGUUCGAUGUGGAUUAAUCCACCUCGACUGCACCCGUGCGACGAACCCCUCGCGUCGUCGCCAUCGCCGCCGCCGCACGCGGAGACGAUGAUUCAUAGCCGUUUGAUAAAUGAUAAUAAUAAUAAUAAUAAUACGAUUAUUAUUAUUAUUGCCCAUAUGACGUUAUAUAUAUUAUUAUUGUUGGCCUUGGGCCUCUUUCGCCGGUUUUACAUCGUUUCGUGAAGUGUAUAUAAUAUUAUCAUCUAUUUUAAG